UCCCCUAAACUCAAUCCAUUCAUUUCUCCCAAACCAAACCAAACCAAACCAAAACAAAACAAAACAAAAUCAAAUUAAAUCCCCAAUCCUAAACCCUAAUUAACUGACAUGGUGAAAUCACCUGAGAAAAACCACCACCCUUCCACCUCCGCCGGAUUAGAGGUUGUUCGAGAAGAUUCCUCUUCCUCUUCCUCCUCCUCCUGCAAAUACAAAGGCGUGCGGAAGCGCAAGUGGGGGAAAUACGUCUCCGAGAUCAGGCUCCCCAACUGCCGGGAGCGGAUCUGGCUCGGAUCCUACGACACGGCCGAGAAGGCGGCGCGUGCCUUCGACGCCGCUCUCUACUGUCUCCGCGGCGCCUCCGCCAAGUUCAAUUUCCCUGACAAUCCCCCCGAGAUCGACAACGGCCGCUCCAUGACACCCGCCGAGAUCCAGGUCGCCGCCGCCCGAUUCGCCCACGCCGGAACAUCCGCCGCCGCGGAGAGCUCCGGUCGUGUCGACGAUCUCGAUUCGCAGUCGGAUUCUCUCUCCUCGCCGUCCCCAUCGGUGUCGGAUGGAGCGGCGCGGCCUGACCGCGAAAUUACUGAUAUACCCCUGGAUAAUGACUUCCUGGACCAGUUUUUGACCCUUGGCACGGGUAAUAACAUUUCGGAUUUCGGGCUAUUUCCGGGAUUUGACGAUUUUUCGGGCGAUUUCAUGGCGACAACUUCGCAAAAUGUGGAUUAUUAUUGGCCGGAAAAUGAUAACACUGAGGAAUUAUCUUCGCAGCUUUGGAAUUUUUGAGACAUUAUAAUUAUGACCAAAAAUAAUAAUAAUUUGGGUGUAUUUUUUUUGGGGGUUUGGAUAUUCUGGGAAUUUUAGGUGCUGGAAUUUCUAUCCCCAUUUUCCAAAUCAGGAAAGGAUUAUAUUAUUUUAUUUCGUGAAUAUUUCGAUUUAUUUGGAUAUAGUGAAAUGGUACAGUUUUGUGAGACCAUCAAUUUCAGUAUAACUAUGUACCUUUUUUUAACAUGUAGAGUAAAGUAUACUUUUUUUUAUAUCAUGGAAUUCAAUAUUGUAUUUUAUCAAA